CCACUAGCACCCGUACAUAAACUUACAAUGGAUGAAGUCUAUGACUCAAAAACUGGUAAACCAAAUUUUGAUGCCUUGAGGCAACACUUUCAACUUGAAGGUAGAAUAGAAGAGGAGCCAGCAUUACGGAUUAUAAAUGAAGGUGCCGCAAUACUGAGAAGUGAAAAAAAUAUGAUAGAUGUCGAAGCACCAAUCACAGUGUGUGGUGAUAUACAUGGACAAUUUUUUGAUUUAGUAAAAUUAUUUGAAGUUGGUGGACCACCUGCGACAACGCGUUAUUUAUUCUUGGGUGAUUAUGUCGAUAGAGGUUAUUUUAGCAUAGAGUGUGUUUUGUAUUUAUGGGCUUUGAAAAUCUGUUAUCCUACGACAUUAUCCUUAUUAAGAGGUAAUCACGAAUGCCGACACUUAACAGAAUAUUUCACUUUUAAAACAGAAUGUAAAAUCAAAUACUCUGAACGUGUGUAUGAUGCCUGUAUGGAAGCUUUCGAUUGUCUGCCCCUUGCUGCGCUGCUCAAUCAGCAGUUCCUUUGCAUACAUGGUGGACUAUCACCAGAAAUUUUUACACUGGACGAUAUAAAGAAGCUCGACAGAUUCAGAGAACCACCAGCUUAUGGACCAAUGUGUGAUCUACUAUGGUCGGAUCCAUUAGAGGAUUUUGGUAAUGAAAAGAAUUCCGAUUACUUUACACACAACUCAGUUAGAGGUUGUUCAUUUUUUUUUAGUUACAAUGCAUGCUGUGAGUUCCUGUCAAAAAAUAAUUUACUCUCCGUAGUCCGUGCCCAUGAAGCUCAAGAUGCUGGCUAUCGUAUGUAUCGUAAGAAUCAAGCGACUGGGUUCCCUUCGUUAAUAACAAUUUUCUCGGCGCCCAAUUAUUUAGACGUAUAUAACAAUAAGGCAGCUGUACUUAAAUAUGAGAAUAACGUUAUGAACAUACGCCAAUUUAAUUGCUCCCCCCAUCCCUAUUGGUUGCCAAAUUUUAUGGAUGUAUUUACGUGGUCAUUGCCAUUCGUUGGCGAGAAGGUCACUGAUAUGCUCGUGAAUAUAUUGAAUAUUUGCUCAGAUGAUGAACUUGUUUCGGGGCCAGACGAUGAAUUGGAAGAAGAACUGCGCAAAAAAAUUGUUCUUGUGCCAUUGAACUCAAAUAAUGCACCGCCCAAACCAGCUACUGGAGUUUCCGCACUACGUAAGGAGGUUAUAAAAAACAAAAUACGCGCUAUAGGAAAAAUGUCUCGAGUCUUUUCAGUGUUAAGGGAAGAGUCUGAGUGUGUCUUACAACUUAAAGGGCUUACACCCACAGGUGCAUUACCAGUUGGUGCCUUAUCAGGUGGCAGAGAUUCAUUGCACAGCGCACUCCAAGGUCUCGGUGCUACUCCACAAAUUUCAUCAUUUGCUGAAGCUAAAGGUUUGGAUGCUGUUAAUGAACGCAUGCCUCCAAGACGGCCACUCACUCUUAACAACAAUAACUCUAGCACAAUAAACAAUAACACCACAUCGAAGACAAGUAAUGGUGAUAAGGUUGCCACCAAGAAAAUCGUUAAGCCCGCCAGUGUAAAUAGCACCUCUGUGCGUUCAAGCUACAGCAAAAAAUACUCAUAGUUUGUAAUUCAAGUACUCGUACUUCAAAUAUUUUUAUAACUCAAGUUUUGAUAGUUUAAUUCUAUUAUUAUUGUUUUAUAUAUAAUUUAAUCGCAA